CUCAUAUUCCCAAAAUCACACCAAAGAAAGAACAAUUAAAAAUCCAACAGAAUGACUUGUGCAACAAUAUGGCAUUUGACUCUUGUCCUUUUCUUGCUUAUUGCAACGCUCUGUGCUGCGACUAAUGAUCAUCAAGAAGUUGGUGAUCUUGCAAUAGCUAGAAAGCAUGAGUUGUGGAUGGCUGAGCAUGGACGAAUCUAUAAGGAUGAAGCUGAGAGAGCUCGACGACUUGAAAUAUUCAAGGACAAUCUAAAAAUUAUAGAAGAUUUUAAUAAUGCUAGAAAGUAUAAUUAUACUCUGGGCCUCAAUAAGUUUGCCGAUCUUACCACAGAAGAGUUUACAGCUAUUUACAGUGGUGGAGUUAUGGAACCAGAAACAGAGUUUAUGGAGUCCCUCAGGUCCAUCAAGUAUGAGACUACUACGGAACAGCUCAAUGUUUCUGAUGUCCCUUCUAGUGUAGAUUGGAGGACCAAGGGUGCCGUAAACCCUGUUAUAGAUCAAGGGAAAUGUGGAUCUUGCUGGGCAUGGGUCACGACUGCAACGGUAGAAGCUAUAAACAAGAUCAAGAACGGUGAACUCCACAGGCUAUAAGCGCAGCAACUUCUAGAUUGUGACAAAAAUAAUCUGGGGUGCAGAGGAGGUUGGAUGGGAGAGGCAUACAAGUACGUCAUCAAAAACAAAGGCCUUACAAAUGAAAGUAGCUAUCCAUACGUUGGACAUGAUCGAUAUGGAUCUUGUAAGUAUGAGAAUGCUAGAAAGGUCGUGGCUACAAUUACUGGUUACUCAA